UGUCAAGCUAGGCGAUCGAGUAGGACGUUCUUUAAUCAUUUAAAAAAAAAAAUCUUUUAAAAAUUUUUCUCUCAUUAUUAUAUUCUCAAAUAUUAUCAAGAUUAAUAAAUAUUAAAUAAUAUUACAAUUUUUAAUAGAACCAACUAAAAUCGUGUAUACAAUCAAAAAUUAAUUUUAAUUUAUAAUAUAAUUAACAUUUUUUUUUUUAAUAAAGAUAACAAAAUAUAAUUAUCAACGUUUACUUACGCUAGUCAUGAUUGUAAAUUUCAUAAAUUGUUACAAGUUCACAUGCCAUCAGUAAUUGUUGAAUUUAAAAAAACUAAAAAGAAUAAAAAAAAAAUAUAAUUUAAUUCGCCAUAUCGCUGUAAAAUUUUAGUUUCAUAUAUAUAUAAAUAAAAAUAAUAGAACUUGAUUAUUAAUAAGUACAAAGUGAACGGACAUAGCAUAUAAAAAUUAAAAUCAAAAUAAAAAAAAAAGGGUUACAAAUUUAAAUUGUGCGUGCACAUGUGAAAUUUGUUUGUGACGUGUGCUUACAACAGUUGUGGCAGUCUUCAUUUAUUUAACCCCGAAGAUUAUCAAAGGUUUUUGUAUAUGUUAUCAUACGACAGAAAAAUCGCGCCAAGCCGUCUCGACGGACAUUGCGCGACGACAAUUCAAAUUGUGCUGUCACGAGGAGGGCGAUUAACAUACGAUUAAACUGUCUGUAACAGACAAACGUCAUCACCUGACUGUCUAAUUUAAAAGCAUCUCACUCAUAUGGAAGAUUAACUAAGAAUAAAUAGAAAAAAAAAAAUUAUCAUUACUCUAAAUUAUUGCUAUUCAAAAAAAAAAAAAACAAAAAAGUCAAUUGAAAUUUUCUCAAUAUUACAAAACAGAAACAGAAAAAAAUCAAUUAUUAUCGUUGUUGUUGUUGUUGUUGUUUUAUUCAUAUAUAUUUAUGAUAUUAUUUUUUCUUGUUAAUUUAUUUUAAAAUUAACCAAGAUUUAUUUAAAAAUGAUCAAAUAAAAAGUGUCAAUACCGUUAAAGUAUUAUUCAUAACCUUGUUAAGCAAUGAAAUAUUAUUAAAUUAAAUAAAUUAUUCAAAGAAUCAUUGAGGGACAAUCAAGAUACAUCUAAUACGUAAGACCAAUAAAAAAAAGAAGCAUAUACAAUUAUAUAAAUAAUAGUAUUAAGUAUUAAUAUAUAUAUGUAGAAAAAAAUUUGUAUGUUAAUGGAACUAAACUGGAGCUUACGAAUAUGUGAUAUGGUCACUCGUAUAAAAAAACAUAUGAAUACAUAUACAGAUACAUUUUUGCUGUCAUCUGUAUUCGUAGAUAAAACAUAUCUAAUUUGCUGUGAAAACUGAGUGACAUCAAAUAAAAGCUCCGUUAUCCCUUCUUAAAAAUAAACUACUAUUCUUUUCUUGGUCACAUUUGUGGGUUUCUUCCAAUAUUUCAAUUUCAACUGACAGAAGAUAUAAAAAAAAAAACAAUACAAAAAGAAAACAAUAAUAAUAAUAAAUAAAUAACAAGAGACAAACUGUAGAAAAUAAAACAAUUCGCGUUUCUUGACAAUCAUUUUUCAGUAUUUCUCAACAAGUUUUUGCUGUAUACCGAUCGACAAUCUCGCUCAAUAGCACGUACAAAAGAAAAGAAUACAUAUUACUCUUUAAUAAUAUAUACAAAAAUUUGAAAAGUGAAUAAAAUUAAAAAAAGAAAAAAUAAAGAAAUCUAUACUGAAUUUGUAAGAAUGCUUUAACAUAAAUUAUCCAAUAAAUAUAUACCUACAACGUUUCAAUUAAUACGUGCGUUAAAUCAAUCAAUUAAAUUUUGACAAUCGAGUUUACUUUAGCAAAUAAAUAUCUAGUCAUCAUAAAAUAAUAGAAAUAAAAAUCAAAUAAAUAUCAAUUUGAUCCUUAAGUUUUUCGUGUCCAGAAAUUCCCAUUUUCUGUUGAACAUUGAUCUGAUUGUCUUGAAACUUUGGUAUAGUUCGUAAGAUAACAAGAUAGAUCAGAAGAUAAAGUACUUUGGCAAGAGUCAACAGAGUGAGUGAAAAACAAAAGUACAAGAGAUAAAAUAUAUAGAGUAAGAACGAUACAGAAUAAGAGAGAAAAUAAGUUAAACGAGGUGCAAGAAUUGGACAAGGACUCUAAAAGAAAGAGAGAAAAAAAAAAAAAAAAAAGGAUAAAAAAGAGAUUGAAGCUGUGAGAGUUUUUGGUUUGUGGCGAAGGUGAAAAUAAAAAAGGAAAGAGUAGGACAAGGCAAACGGGUUAGUAAAAUAAAGUUUAAAAAAAAGAAUUGUAUAAAAAUAAAUAAAAGUAUCAACAGACAAGGGCUGUGUGUGUGAGUGUGUGCUAGCAACCAACAAUCGUGAGUUUUGAUAAAGAUAAAGUAAAUUGAAAAAAAAAACAUUCUUAAUCUUGUCAAUAUCGUAUUUAACUUGUCGUUUUUAUUGAUAUUAAAUUCUUUCAAAUUAUUAAAUGACUAUUGUAACAUAAUUAUUACAGACAAGAAUUAAAGUCCCUUAAAAAUACAAAGAAAAAAAUAAAUAAAAACAAUUAUUAAUUAACACAAAUAAUUUAUAAAUCUGGCAAUAAAAAUUUAUAAAUAAUUAAUAAAAAUUGGACGUUGUUGAAAACCGUGAAAGUAGUACCUCAAACAAUCACCACGUAUUUUCAUUCGUAUUCGUUUGUGCCGGGAGGUGCGGUACCCCUGCCACCGGCACUGCACACAAACAAUCCCGGUUUUACGAAUCAUCAUUUAUUUCGUCAGCAGGCCUGCAGUCUUGCCUGCACCUGCACCUGUACUUGCACAGCCAGUAUUGUAUCAGCAUCAGCAUCAAACGUCACUGCUCCACAUCAUCUACAAUCACAUCAACAUCAUCGUACCCUUGGCACAACUUCAGCUACUGUACUUUUUCAACCAGUUGAACAAAUCAAAGACACCAUGAGGGGAAGUGAUGAACUGUUGUCACAGAGUGGCGCAGUCAAUAAUGGUGCAUCAAUGAGUCCUCAACCUCAUCAUCCUGCUGACAACAACAAUGAUGCUAAAAAGGCUAAGCUUGAUAAAACCCACAGUGGAAAGCCUUCUCGGGUAAUUCACAUAAGGAACAUUGCCAGUGAUGUUUCAGAAUCCGAGAUCAUUUAUCUUGGUGCACCUUUUGGACGUGUGACCAAUGUUCUCGUUCUCAAGGGAAAAAAUCAGGCAUUUUUAGAAAUGGCUGAUGAAAAUGCAGCCAUAACGAUGGUUGGUUACUAUGCAUCAAGUGGUGCAUCAUUAAGAGGCCGUGCUGUUUAUGUGCAGUUCAGCAAUCAUCGGGAAUUGAAAACUGAUCAGGCACACAGCAACGCGGUCAGUAGCCCAACAAUGAUCGUCAAUCCAUCGAACAAUACAAACACACAAGUUGCGUUACAAGCUGCCCAAGGACAAAAUGUACAGAGCCAGGUUGAUACACAAGGUGGACCAAACACCGUCCUCAGGGUCAUUAUUGAACACAUGAUUUACCCAAUUUCAUUGGAUAUUCUAUACCAGAUAUUCACACGUUUUGGAAAAGUCUUGAAAAUCGUAACAUUCACAAAAAAUAGUACAUUUCAAGCACUCAUACAGUACUCGGACACAAUGUCGGCACAGACUGCUAAAUUGUCACUUGAUGGACAAAAUAUAUACAAUUCUUGCUGUACACUUCGCAUUGAUUUUAGUAAAAUGCAAAGUUUAAAUGUUAAAUAUAAUAAUGACAAGUCAAGAGAUUACACAAAUCCAACUCUUCCAUCUGGUGAUCCAAAUAUUGAUGCAGCAUCACUUGCACUUGGUGGUGAAUUAUUGCCUCAACUUUUACUUGGUGCUGGUUCACAACAACGAGCACGUUUGCCUGAAUCACUUACAGGAGGACCAAAUGUUUUGGCAUCACCAUUUGCAACAAUGCAUGGAUUACCAUCACCACUUGCUGGACCAUAUGGUAAUGGAGUUACACCAGGUGGUGGUAUUGCUGGUCUUGGUGGUUUUAGUUUGGGUGCUGGUGCACUUGGUGUUAGAGUACCAGGAAAUCCACAAAUGUCAUCAGUACUUCUUGUCACCAAUCUUAAUGAGGAGAUGGUCACGCCUGACGCUCUCUUUACCCUGUUUGGUGUAUAUGGGGAUGUACAACGUGUGAAAAUUUUAUACAACAAAAAAGACUCUGCCCUCAUUCAAAUGGCCGAACCUCAUCAAGGCCAUCUCGCCAUGACCCAUAUGGAUAAACUACGAGUGUUUGGAAAGCAAAUCCGAGUGAUGGUCAGCAAACAUCAGACAGUUCAAUUGCCCAAGGAAGGCCAGCCAGAUGCAGGAUUAACCAAGGACUAUACAAAUAGUCCACUUCAUCGAUUCAAAAAACCAGGCUCAAAAAAUUAUCAAAAUAUUUAUCCACCAAGUGCAACACUUCAUUUAUCAAACAUUCCAGCAACUGUUACUGAGGAAGAAAUUAAAGAAGCCUUUACAAAGAAUGGUUUUACUGUUAAAGCAUUUAAAUUUUUCCCCAAGGACAGAAAAAUGGCACUUAUUCAGUUGCCUUCAAUGGAUGACGCUGUUUCAGCUCUUAUUAAAAUGCACAAUUAUCAGCUGAGUGAAUCAAAUCAUCUUCGUGUUUCAUUUUCAAAGAGCAACAUCUAACAAGACAGCCGACAAUUCGAGUCACAUUGGCAUCAGCCAUAUGCACUCGUUCACUACUGGUACACCAGUGCUCUUUAUGGUUGAUAAAUAAUAUUAACAACAUAUUUAAGUGAAAUGAACACAAUUUAAGUGAAAUCUCGCGACUUCCAUGGAUUAUAAUUAUCCAAAUUGCAGCAAAAAAAAAAAAAUAAACAAAAAUAUCAACAGAAAAUAAAUAAAAUAACAAAAAAAUAUACAAUACAAAACAAAAAAGAGAAAAAUAAUCUCAAAAUAAGUUGUCACAUUCCGAGGUUAAAGAAAGUGUUCCUAAAAUUUUAGUUUUUUCUUUUUUUUUUUUUUUCUCAUCCUAUUUUCCUUAAUUACUAUUAUUUUUUUAUAUAAUAAACUUCUGAUAAAUUGUCAUGUGACAAUAUAAAAAUAGUAAAUAUUUUUAAGAGCACAAAUAAAAUAUUUGUAGAUGAAAAAUUCGCAUGAAAAAAAAAAACAAUAAAUAAGCAUGAUAAUUGAGAUUUUUAUCUCUAUAAUGAUAAAAAAAAAAAUUACAAAAAUAAAUCAAGCCAAUGUAAUUCUUGUACAGAAUUGACAUUUUAAUUAAUAAGAUAUUGACGUAUAUUUUACAAAUUAUUAGGCAAAAGUUCAAUAAGAAACAAAAAAAAAAAAAAGAAUUGAAAAAAAAAAAAAAAAGUAAUAAUAAUAAGCUGAAAAAAAAAAUGGUCGCAUUAGUGUCCAACAAUUGCUGGCGAUUAAUUAUUAUUAAGGAUUACAAAAAAUUUUUUUAAGUAAAAAAAAAAGUAACAAACGAGAUAAAAAAAAUGAUAAAUAAGAUGCAAAAGAUAAAAAAAAUAAUAAUAAUGAAUGAAAAGAAAAUUAGUCUGAAUGCAACCUUAAAAAAAAAUUAAGUUAGAGAAGUGAAUGAAUAUUAAUUCAAAUAGCGAUUUAAAGUAAACUAAUUGAUAAAAAAAAUAAAAUAGAAUAAAAGCAUGAUUAUAUAGAUAUAUACCAGUCAGGCGGGACCUUUUGCAGCUUACAAAAAAGGUGCUAUCAACAUUUUAUUAAUUGCAAAAUAAUUCAAAUCAUUUAUUUUAUUAAAAAAUUUUUAUUUAUUUUUGCAAAUCUUUCAUAAAUUAAAUUUCACUUAGAGUACAUUUUUUUUUUUUUUUUUUCAAUAUCAAUGCAUUCUUUCUUACAUUUCUUUUUCAUUAAUUUUUUAUUAUUAUUAUUUUUCGAAAGAUUUAUCAGCUGACAGUUGACAAAUAAAAUUGCAAGACAAUCGUGCCGAUUUAUUUUUUUAUGUUGCUAAUAAUAAUCGGUGCAUCCAAGGUACAAAAAAGAAAAAAAUGAAAAUUAGUUAAUUAUUUGUCAUCAGUGUCAGUUGAUGUGAUAUUCACUGAUUUUAAAUUGCAUCGAUUUUAAUAAAAUAAAUAUGUAUAAACAUGUUUUAAUACGCACAUAAUUGCCAACAAUUAAGACACAAAUUUCAAACACAAGUUUGCUGAGCAAGCAAAAGAAAAUUACAUCAAUCAUUUUUUUAUUCAUAGAAAAAAAAUAUUUUACCUGUGAGUUAAAAAAAAAAAGAAAAAAAGUAUUUUAAUGAGUUUGUUUUUUUUUUUUUCAAUUACUAGGUACUUAGGUUUGUUUUUUUUUUUUUCUUUAUUAAUUUAGUAAGUUACAGCGUAAAUGACAAGGGCCCUAAAAAAUAAUAUCGAAUUUUUAAAAAUUGCUUCCAGUCUAGUGUAGAAAAAAUGAGGAAAAAUACCGUCAUCAGGAAUUGAAAUUUCCUGUAAGCUCAUUAAUACAAAUGAACAAUGAAAAUAAUAUUAAAAAGUAAUUGAUAAUUGUCUUCCAUUGUCAAAACUUUUGCACUAUUUGGUGAAUUUAUUAUCCUCAUUUUUUCGUAAAUAACUUGAACAAUGAUAACACAACGUUAAUGAUAGCUUCAUUAAGUGGAAAUGGAUUUUUCCUUGAUGUGUUAUAGUUGUAUAAUAAAACCGUGUAAGAUAAAAUAUCAAUACAUAUGUAAAAUGAAGGAAAAAACAAUGAAACAAAAUUAAAUUUCAUUAAGGUAAUAUAAAAGUACAUUGACAGAACGAUGCCGACAGGCCCGUGACCGAUUAGUUUCUAAGUGUAACAAAUAAAACAAAAUAAUAAGCUAAACUAAUAUGAAGAAAAAAAAAAAAUCAUUUAAAAUAACAAAGUAUAUAUAAAUGAUAAUAGCGUUGACAAACAGAUUUCAAAAAUUAAGCAUGAUAUAUAUUUUUUUUGAACUUUUUAAUUUUUCUACUUUCCUCACAAAAAUCUACAAAAAUUUCGUUUUUUAAAUUAAAUUUUUAUUCACUCUUUUUGUUAGAGUCAAAGGACAGUUUGUGAAUAAUUUAAAAAAAUUAAAUAAUAGCGAUAAAUAUCUAAAAGUAUUUUCGGGGUCAAGUAGACAUUUAAAUUUGAAAAAAAAUAAAUAAAACACUUGUGUACUUGGAGAGUUACAACGCAUGAAAGUGUUUUAUUUCAUUUUUUUUAUUUUAUAAUAUUUAUUUUUCUUUUUUUUUUGUUAUUUUUGGGACAAUCGUUGAGCCUGAAAUAUGUGAAGUUAAAAAAAUAAAGCGAAAUACAAAUCAAUCAAUAAAAAAAACUGGGAUAAAUGCGAAAUAAAAUAAAUUUUAUAGGGAAAAAUAAAUA